GUAAUAUUGUAAUCGGAAAAAAAGCUGGGAACUUUGUGCCGUUUCUUAAAAGGUACUUAAGAAGCGGUGACGUUUGGGCGAAACUGGGUGCUGUCCAACGUAAUUUGACCUUUAAAAAGCUUCAAAAAGACCAGACACUGAGCUCGAUCUUCUGGCUUGCCUGCUUGCCUUGUCUGCCAUGAAGAGGUCAAUCAGUGGACUGAGAUGGGCUGAUGAUGAUGGGUAUCAUCAGUCGUCAUUCAUAUUUCUGGGCCGGGCACAUCAAGUCGCCACCCACUUAAGAAGAAGUAUAGAUAAAAAGAAUGUAAAUACACCUCUUUGUUUUGACAAAGUAACGGCUGUUUUUUCGUAAAAGAACAAUAUUGACAGACAAUUGUAAAAAGAAGUCGGGACAACAGUGAGACAAUUGGAAGGAUCAAGACUUUGUGAAAAAAUAUUUUUGGAUACAUUUUUUUGCCUUUAUCGUUAUUAUGCCCGACCUUAUGUCAUAAUCGUUAAGUGACCACAACAAUCCUACCAAGAUGAGGAACAUAUUCCAGCAACACAAAGAAAAGGUCGCCGCUGGUCCGAGGCCAAGCCGAAACUUUCGUAAUGUCGCAGCCACCCAGGCGGAUGAAGAUAGCUAUGACUAUGUUAAGCACAGGAAAGAUGUUAAACUUACCAGCGUAUUUGGCUCCGUGGCGCAUUUGGUUAAGGGUGCCCUGGGAGGCGGAAUCCUUAGCGGUCACGUGGCGUACAUGAAAGCAGGAGUAGGCAUCGCCAUACCACUCAACGUUAUCUUCGGUAUCUACAUGGCGUAUUGUCUACAUCUACUUGUGCAGUCAGCCCAAAUAUUGUACAGGCGGACACGGAUACCUAGUAUGUCAUAUUCCGAUGUGGGUGAAGCAGCCUUCAUGACGUGUAAAUUUGAAAACAUCAGGAAGCUAUCCACAGCAUUUAGAUAUACUGUAGACUCUAUAAUAUGCCUAGAUCUGUUUGGUUGUUGUUGUUGCUAUCAAAUAAUUAUAGCUAAACAAUUAAAACAGCUGGUCGAAAAUACCCAGGACACUUCUUUUCUUGGCAGUUCCCCAGGGUACCCGUCACUAAGAGUUUACUUGGCAAUUAUGAUUCCUGUUGUUGUCUGCAUUUGCUUAAUCAGGCAUUUGAAAUAUUUGGCGCCAUUUUCCAUAGCGGCAAACGUUGUCAUCGUGUUUUGUAUUGCUCUUUCUAUCUACUAUUGCUUUCAUUUAAACCCGACUUUCCAAGGCAUGAUUAUUUCAACGACGCCUUAUAACACGUUCGAGUUUAUCGGGAUGUCCGUGUUCAGUAUGUCGUGUGCUGGUGUCGUUAUUGCCAUUGAAAACAACAUGCGAGAGCCUCAAAAAUUUCCGGAGGCCCUGGCGAUCGGGAUGGCAUUGAUUGUCGUUUGCACUUUCCUGGUCUCGUUCUUCGGUUAUGCGGCGUUCUUGGAGCGUUCCGAGUCUCCCAUAACAAUUAACUUUCCCAUGACACUAGUGCCUAAAUUACUGAAAGGUUCAAUUGCCGUUAUGAUCUACGUGACCCACGCUUUGAACUUCUGGGUGCCAUUCAACCUAUGCUUCUACUACCUGAAGCAAAGGCAUCCUAUAGAAAAAAGAGAUCAAUGGGAGCUUUUGUACCGAGCGAUACUCGUCGUAGCCAUCGGAAUAGUGGCGAUCGUCUUUCCGAAUAUUAAUGCCAUUAUGGGAUUUCUGGGAACCUUCUGCCUGUCAAACAUGGCCUUUAUUUGGCCUAAUGUCAUCAAUCUCUUGGUAAUCUGGGAGAGGCCUGGACUGGGCCACAUGAAUUGGAGAAUGUGGAGAGCGAUAAUUCUUAUAGUCAUUGGGAUCUUCGUCUUCAUCUGCGGAAGUCUCGUAAACACUAUGGAAUUGGUCUCAGUGUUUAUUGAUACGAACAUUAACUAAAACAUUGUAGUUUUGGUAAACAAUCGUCAGCUUCCUUUUAACCUUUAAUUUCUUUUUGUAUCUUCUAACAUAACUGACGAUAGCGAUUUCAUCGAUAAGCACACUGUGUAAAAUGAAGCUAAAGUGUAAUGCGCUGGCCAUAUCUGUCGUGGAUCAAUGGCCUGAGCAGAGUCUGCGAAUCGGCAAACACUGUUUAACGCAUUCCCCAGCCCGAUGGAUCGGUGGACCUCUCAAAACUGGGUUGAACUAAUUUUAAAAGAUGAGGAUCUGGUAUCUUAGUUGGAAUUCGGAGGUCCUCAUAUCCGAUACUGAGCCACCAUUACUUCUUUCAACUUUCGCGACCAUGGUCCUAAUCUAGACAGACCCUUAGGCUGGGGGCCUUUGGGCCCACCUCACCUCAAGACUUAUUCUUAAAAAGUGAAAGUUGCCUGUUUUAUUGUAUUUAUAGAGAAACUUUCAGCUUUUAUGAAGUAAUGUAAGUCUGGCCGCGUUGUCUUGCUUUAGUGCCUAGGUAACGAGACCGAAAGACCUGAUAAAACAAGCUUUAUCUAAAAUGCUUUUUGUUGAUGAAUACCAACCAAAACCAGAGGAAAGAUUAACACUGCGUCCGUUUUAAAAAUCUUUUGUCAGGUCGUGAAAUAACCAAAAACAAGCAAAGUAAUUCCAGCCUGAAGUUAUUAUAAAUUUAUUUUACUUAAAUCGAAUUAUUUGCGUGUUUUUCAUCAGUUUUUGUUUUUCUUAUAUAUUAUCUUUCAAAUAGUUUAUUUUAGAAUGGACCUAAUGCUCAUUUCGCAAAUGUUUGUUUUGGGUGGGAUUCGAAUCUUCAGUUACGUCAUAUUCAAUCACCAGAAAAUUUACUGUUCAAACAUAUUGACAAAAAUGCUCGUUUUUCUCAAAAUCCUCUUGUCCUAAAAUGAUUUUGACAAUUUGAUUGAUUUUCAGUUUUUGUAAUCUGUUGUUUU